AUGACGACGCAUCUUGCCGCAUUUCAAUUGGUCAACGGCCGCCCCGAAGACCAAGCUUAUCUGGCCCCCGCCAGCGGCAGCUCUGGUUCGACUCUUCUACAUCCGACCCGCUCGUUGAUCAGAAUGGGGAAUCUGGAUGGACAGUCUGCCACGUCAGACAGAUCGACUGUAGGGCGGUCAUCAUCAACUGAGCACCUGCAGGGAGCAUUGACAUCGGUUGAUGGAAAAGAAGAGGCCGGGCCCGAUGUGUUUGAAAGACGAGGCUCCGAUGACACCGAGAAUGGAGGCGAUGCACAAGGCGAGGAGGGGUUUGUCCUCUCACGUAGUGUGCAAGACCCGUCAGAGGAGCUUCCGAUUGAGCUCGUGAGCUUGACAGAUCGUUUCGUCAACUCUUUGAGUGCCAAAGUACACAACUCGCCUCCAACGAUCGACAAAAUAUCCUCCAUGUUCCAGGUCUUUUACAGCCGCGCAGAAUCUCAUAUCGCUACCCAUAUCUCGACACUGGCCUCCCGCAUCAAUCGCGAUCCACAACCCCGCCCUCAAAUCAAGUCGAGAGGGAGUGCACUGUCGGUGUUGACCAGCAAACGCUCUCAAGAUGACUUUGGACAAGCGACCAGUGGGCGCCAAUUGCUGACCGCGGAAGAGGUAGCCCAGAGGCGAAAAGCACGCAAGGCCCUUGAAUUCAAACGUGCGGCGCUGGAGGAGGCUGCGGAGCGGAGAGUGUGUGAGCAGGUAUAUGACAAGAUCUGGAGACACAGAAGUACCCUUGACGAUGUGCGGGAUGAGAAGUUGCGCUCAAAGACAGCAGCGCUCAUGCUUGUCGGAAUCGAUCUGAAGGACCUAGGCGUGGAGAUUAAUAUGGAUGCCAUUGAGGAGAGGAAAAGACAGGAAGCCAAUGAUUUCCUGGCUCAGGCCAGGAAUCAUCUGACCCAGAUGAAUGAGCCCAAGUAUCCCUUGGGAAAACUUCAGCAGUUGGCUGCCGCCCAUAAGGCGAUCGUCGAUGCCCUCACGAAACUCCUUCCUUCGUCUUCGUCGGCAGAUGAGAUUUUACCGACGUUGAUUUACUGUCUCAUUACAUGCCCGCCUGAAGGGAUCGAUAUUGUUAGCAACCUGCUUUUCAUGCAGCGAUUUCGCUCUUCGACCAAGAUAGACGGUGAAACCGCCUACUGUUUGACGAAUUUGGAAGCCGCAAUCAGCUUUUUAGAAAAUGUUGAGUUAUCCAGCCUGCGUGCAGACGAAACGCAAGAAGGGCCUACCAAAACUCCCAGUGAAGGUCCAACCCCGUCAUCAGAGCGAAUUGAUCCGUUCCGACCAAAAUCCGAACGUACUUCGGCGUCGGUGACGCCUGUUUCUGCCGUCUCCGAAAUGGCGAAGCCCCAAGCAAAAGAGCCGCAACGCCGCCUGAGUAACUUGUUCCAACCACCAGCCAGAGUGCUUGAGGCAGCGAAUGAUGCAGUCCGUAACACCGCCGAUCAAAGCCUCAAAAACAUUGGCGCUACUCUAGACAACAGCUUCAAUUUUCUCUUCGGUCGUCUGAAGGAGAUGCAGACCACAUCUGGACCCAAUGCCAAUGGCUCCGAGUCACUCCUCCCCAAGACUCUUGCUGAAGCCCGCCGCUUAGUCGCGAAUCCACCCGCGAAUCCAAAUCUUACACCGGAAGACAUCGAGUCUCUCAACGCUCUUUCAAAGGAGGAGGCUGCUCGCAAUACCUCACGUAGCGCAGGCCUGGCAAGUGGAGGAAGAACGCCCCGUGAACGAAGUACCGACAGUGCACGAACUCAAACAAGUGGCAGGAAAUCAGUCUCUGGAUCCGUUCGAGAUGAGCAGGUGCAGACUCCAGCCGCAGCCUCUAGCCCCAACCCUCUGGACUCGAUGCGCAACUUUGGCAACACACUGAAUCCCCUCAAUCACAUCCCCGGAAUGAUCAAGAAUUUCGGCCGGGCGACACCCGAGACCCCUAAUCCACGUGCGCUGUCACCUGCCGCAAUGGACCGCUUGAAGAUCUCGCCAGCCUCGACAGACAAUGCCGUCAGUCCCCUCGCAGGGUCUCCUUCCGUUCAAAUUGAUCCACCUAUCCAGCGACUUCUUGAUACUCGGGAUGCGCGAGACCUACGUCUUGGGGAUGUCGCAGCCCUACUGGAAGAUUACAAGAGAUUAGCGGCGGCGCUCACCCGUUUGAAUGAGGCAUCUCGCUGA